AUGGCUUCAUGUAUGACAUUAAAACGUUCAUUUGAACAUGAUAGAGAUUCUCCUAAUAAUAAUAAUAAUAAUAAUAACUCAUUUGAAUCUCGAACAUCUUUACCAUCAUCAAAACGUCGUCGUCGUUGUUUCCCAAUGACAGUUGUUUCAUCAUCACCAACAAUGACAAAUGAAACAACAACAGUAUUUCCUGAUAUUCAACCAAUUGUAACUACAGAUGUUUUAUUAAAUCGAAUUAAAGAAGAAGUUCGUCGUCUUCAACGACGUCAUCAAUUAAAAAUAUCAACAUCAUCAGAUUUAAAUGAUGAUGAUGAUAAUAAUAAUAAUAAUAAUAAUUUAAAUGAAUGUCGUUCAUCAACAAAUCAUCAACAUCUUUUAACACUUAAACAAGUUAAUAUGAUAUGUGCACGAUUAUUAAAAGAACGUGAAGAAAAAAUUCGUGAAGAAUAUGAUCGAAUUUUAUCAUAUAAACUUAAUGAACAAUAUGAAGGCUUUGUUCGAUUUACACAAGAUCAACUUACACGAAGAUUUUCUGAAUUACAAUUCUCUUAUGUUUCUUGA